UUUAUAACUCUGCAAUUCUCAUUGAUUAUUUUCCCUCCGUUCUUUCUCUGCUGUGACCACGCUAUUCCCAAUGAAAACUGGACUGUUGUGACGAAAAGAAAAACUAAUAUGGGAAGGAAACCCUACGCUGCUAAAAGUAAAGAAAGAGCUCCCAUGAAAUAUGAAGGGAAGGAGGAAUUGCCUCCUCAAAUCACAAAUCCUUCUUCAGAGAGAGCAGAAUUGUGGACCGAAAAAAACAAAUCAAUCCUUGGAGAAUGUAAAGCCACAACCUAAAAUGCAAUCCAAUUCUGGUAAUGUAUCUUUGAAAAGGAAAGGGAAGCAUACUGUUAGCGUUAGUGUUAGGCGCUCUGUACGACUUCAAGGUACAGUUGUGCACACCCACAACCAGGACAUUGAGCAUGUGAUUGAAGAGGUAGCGCUUAAUGAAAGUGAGAAAGAAGAUGAACCACCAGCAUAUAAGGAGAUGGAACAACCUGAACCAGCUAGGGAAGAUAAAAACUUGGAAGACAAAGUUGACUACUUGAUACAACUAAUGGAGAGUCAACAAAGCAAAUUUUCUCCUCAUGAGAACCCAUGUAUGUGUCAUGCCAGAUAUAAAAGCUUGUAUUUUGAUGCCCAAAAGAAGAUUGAAACCUUAACAAAUGAAAAUCAUCAGCUAGCUUUGAAGUUAGAAAAUGCGUUGGGAAAACUUGAAGCAAAUGAGAAACAUACUCGCUCUUAUUCAGAGCUGCUGGAGAAAUGGAAGGAUGUGAUCUUCAUUUCAAAUAUAACUAAAGCUGCAGAAAAUAUGUCCUCUCAAGCUCGACAUGCACAAGAGGCUGGUUGUGAAGCCAAAACUUCAUCAGCCAAGAAGAAGAAACUUGUUAAAUGAAGUGAAAAAGAAAUGAUAUUCUUGAUGUUAUUCCCAUUCUGCUGAAAAUCCAUCUUGUGCUUCAUAGAACUUGUGGCAGUUCUAUUAUACCUAGGCUUUUAGUGGCCAAGUUUAUUUUGAACCUGAAUUAGGUUUAUGGCUAUUAAGCAGUUAGUGGCAUCUAACAGUUUUUAGCUGUACCUUGGUGGUCCAGUUUGUUUGAACCAAGUCAUUUACUGUCUGUUAAGUGUGAUGAAGAUUUGAUGUAUAACUUGAUGAUAGCUUAAAACUUGAUUUUCGUCGUAGUAUGGGAAUCAGACUUGUGAAACUAGGUUGUUCAACUGCAAACAAUGAUCUUGUUUCCA